AUGUUUGUUUUCAGAGUAAGAACUGCUGUUGAAAGCAUUGAGGCCCAAUGUGCUAAAUAUGCCAAAUGCCCUCCAUGCAAAAAUCCUCUCGAAGCAUACUCAACCUGCAAUAACGAGUGUCUGAACGGAUGUUAUGAAGGCGAAGCUCCUUCUUGUCCAUCCGUUUGUGAAGAGGGAUGUUUCUGUAAACUCGGUUACAAGCGUUACAAGGACGAAUGUGUACCCGAAGAUAAAUGUGUGAUUGCCCAUACUUGCUCGAAACCUAAUGAAGCAUUCACCGAUUGUGGAAAUAGAUGCAUAGAAAAGUGCGGCAAUCGUGUUUGUACAAAAGAAUGUCAAGCAGGCUGUUUCUGCAUAGAUGGUUACAAGCGAAACUCCGCCGGAGAUUGUGUUCCAGAGGAAAAAUGUUGCGCUAAUCCCUCUUGCAAUGAUCCUAAUGAAGAAUAUACAACUUGUGGAAAUAACUGUGGCGAAUCUUGUAACACUCCUGAUGGUUGGAUGUGCCCAGCUGUUUGUAAAACGGGAUGUUUCUGUCGCAAAGGUUACAAACGUCAUCCCAUAACUGGUCAAUGCAUUCCCGAAAAAGAGUGUCCGAUUGUUUGCGAAAAUCCAAAUGAAGAAUAUUAUUGCGGAAAUAAGUGCCAAGAAAUUUGCGGAGAUGAUGAUCGUGUUUGUACAGAUGAUUGUCAAUUAGGCUGUUUUUGUCGCAAAGGUUUUAAACGUGAUCCCGUGACUGGUCAAUGCAUUUGCGAAAAAGAGUGCCCCAGUGCCUGUAAAGAUCCAAAUGAAGUGUACACAAAUUGCGGAAAUAGAUGCCAAGAAAAGUGCGGCGAUGACGAUCGAGUUUGUACAGAAGAAUGUCAAAUAGGCUGUUUUUGUAAAAAAGGUUUCUAUCGAAAUUAUGCUGGAAUUUGCGUUCCAAAGGAAAAUUGUACAUCUUGCAAAGAUCCUAAUGAAGAAUACACAGAUUGUGGAACUGGCUGCGGCGAAGCUUGUGGCUACGAAAAUGUGUGGUGUAAAGAACGUUGUCGAGAGGGCUGUUUCUGUCGCAAAGGUUACAAACGUCAUCCUAUAACUGGUCAAUGCGUUCCCGAAAAAGAAUGCCCUAAAGAUUCAACUUGCUGUAAAGAUCCAAAUGAAGAAUGGAACGAAAAUGGUGAUCGUUGCUCCGAACCAUGUGAUCGUGAAGUGCUUGACUGCGCUCCCCAAGAAGCUCCCGGUUGUUAUUGCAAAAAAGGUUAUUUGAGAGAUCAAGUAUUGGGAAUCUGCGUUCCUCAAGAACAGUGUCCUUUGAUUGGCGAUAAUUUGCACUGUGAUGAGACUACAGAAGAAUACAGAUGCGGAAAUAGAUGUUGGGACUACUGUGAGGAUGGAGCAAUUAGAGAUUGUCUUAUGGAUUGUCGAUAUGGCUGUCACUGCAAAGAAGGAUACAAGUAUGAUCCUCAAAAGAAAAAAUGCGUCAAGAAAGAGGAAUGUCCUUAUUGUAAGUCAUGGCAUUUAUAA